GGAAUUUUGAAGAUAACUAGUUCCCGUAGAAGAAUCAACAAUGAGCAUUUCUCUCUCCUCCAUUACUGCUACUUCUCUCUUCGUCGACAUUGGCCCCCCCGCACCUCAUCUGCCCAUACCCUCAGCUCCAUUCUUCCGCCGCCCCGCCGCCGCCAAAACCCGUCUUCUCCGGCUAUCCUUCGCUAAUUCCAGCAACACUCAUAGGCCAGAGUCAUCAGAUUUCGACAGCAGUUCGGAGGAGAAACAGGGUUCAAAUGGCAAGGACAAAUUCUUUCAAGCAAACUCAUUGAAGGAGAUAUUGACCAAACUGAAGAGAUAUGGUGUCUCGGGAAUUUUGUCCUACGGCCUACUAAAUACUGCUUACUAUCUUACGACAUUUCUUGUUGUUUGGUUCUAUGUCGCUCCUUCACCUGGGAGAAUGGGUUAUUUGGCAGCUGUUGAAAGGUUUCUUAAAGUCAUGGCCAUGGUGUGGGCAGGGAGCCAAGUAACUAAGAUCAUACGAGCUGGAGGGGCUCUUGCUCUUGCACCAUUUGUGGAUAGAGGAUUAUCAUGGUUCACUCUCAAGUUUGGGUUUAAGUCCCAAGGAAAGGCAUUUGCGACGAUAGCUGGGCUCUGUUUUGGGUUGGCAUUCUUGAUGUUUGUUGUGGUGACUUUACUUUCGGCAUGAAUUAUUUUCACCCCCUUUCUUUGCUAGGUCAAUUCAAUCAUAAUCCUACACGAUAUAAAUAAUGCUGGAAAGAGUGGAUUUUUGCACGGUGUUUAUCUUGAAAAGGCUGACUGUGAUACUCGGUAGGAAACGAGCGAGAUGUCGUGGAUUGAUAGAAAAUUUUGGCUUCACUUUUUGGUUAGGUUUGUAGGCUACAUAAAUCGUGACUGAACGAGUAAAUGAUUUUUUUAUUUUUAUUUUUUAUUAAUUUGCUUAAAACCUUGUAAAUUCGGAUUAUUACAGGUUGAUGAUACAAACAUGGUUAUGUAACAUAAUGAACAAGUUGGGAAGUGAAAACUGAAGUCUCUGCAUAAAAA